AUGGCUGGCCAGGAAUUCCAUCCGGCUGCUUCGACUGUACAUUGCGACCCAAAACUCGCCCCUUUCGUUGAGCCGGACGUUGUCUGGAUUGCCCGGAAGCGUCGUAAAGACAUCCGUGGUUCCAGCUUUUGGGCCUUUGAGCCAGUAGCGAAGCAAUCUGGAUCAUACCUCAGUAAACGGCCAGUGUUAUCCCCCUCGAGCACUGAAACAAGUGAAAUAUACGAAGCCUUUGUCAUCAAAGUCGACAUCGUUGGCGAACUUGAUCUUCUGGCCAUUUACUUCGUUGGCCAGGACCUGUGCCUGGCCUCCCUCCGAACCAACGACCAUCAAACCCAUGCCCAGUGGACGUCCACAUAUGUGUUCCUGCUUGAAGUACACGAUCGGGGGAUUCCGGGGAUCGCACUCUCUGGUCCUGUUUCAAUCCAUCAUCAGAGACGUCGUUGCAAACUCCCUCCAGCCAACUUCGGAGCCUUGCCACAGAAGCACACGUCCGUCACUCACGCCAGUGUAUGGGCCUCGUCCUUUGGAAUCAAAGGCAAUGCUCUCGGGUCCCAGGAACUCAUUCUCGAACCGCAGCAUAGCUCCCAGCAGCCGGUUGCUCGGAUCCUUGAGCAUGGUGGCGGCAUUUUGGACUGGCGGCUCCACAUACUUUGCCUGAAAGCUGGGGAUCUGCCUCACGAAGCUGAGACGCAGCGGGUCCAUUGCGACGAUCACGACGAGCAAGCCGCACAAAGCCCGGCAUGUUACGAGCGUGUUUCUCUGGAGCUUCUCAACAGCCAUCUACUGUCAGCUUACACACGCAGACCUCGGCUGCAAGAAGACAGCCGGCAUCUUUUCAUGCGAAAAGAUGGUGGGCAAUUUUACAAUCACACGGUACUUGUUUAUGGCCCCAACCAAGAUCCCGCGAGAGCUCUGGUGGACCUACUAUACAAAAUCUCUUCUCUUCUGUUUUCUCCAGGGACACGAUUUUGACCAGUAGGUACUUUUCGCAACACGUCUUUGCUUCGAAACCCGCUGCUAGAACUCGAAAUAAAAACGAUUCAUAAGCUGAGUAA